AUGCCGUCGAAACAGAAACAAUCCACAGCUUCAGAAGAAACUGAAGAAGUCGAUGACGAAGUUGAGGAGACAGAGCCAAAGUUAAAGGAGAGGAGCAAAGGAGUGACCCGUGGGAACUCCACAAAAGGAGAGAGGAGUCGGAGGAAACACAAGAGCGCAGAGAGCUCUGAGACUCAGGAGGCCUCAGAGAAAGAGAAGAGAAAAGAGGGUGAACACGUAAAGGAGAAAAAGCGGAAAAAGAAAGCAAAGGAUGACUCUGAGGAUGGUGCUGUGAUUGAAAAUGAAGCUGAAGACGACGAGCAGAACAACAAUGACCCCACAAGCAAUUCCAAAAAGGAGAAAUCAGAGAAGCUCAAAGAGGAAGUGACUGAGGGGGUCAAGGAGGAAAAGAAGAAAAAGAAAAAGAAACCCUCUUCUGAAAGUCCACAGGGAGACGAGGAGAUGGGCUCCAAGGAUAAAAAGUCCAAAGACGGCAAGAAGAAAAAGAAAUCCCACAACAAUGAUGACGAGGAGCCCUUGAUUGAGGAGCAGGAAGAAGAGGAGGACUCAAAGAAGAAGAAAAAGAAGAAGGCAAAGAAGGGAUCUGCUGACAGCGAUGAAGAUAAAAAGAAAAAGGGGAAAAAGUCCAAAAAUAAACAGGUGGACUAUGCAGUGAUCUACCAGAACGAGCUGCUGAACUACCACACGGACUCAUCGGAUGGAUACGAGGAUGAGUACUACAAAAAGAAAGGUCAGUAUUUGGGACUGCAGCACCAACAGAGAAACCGCACAUGCUGCUCUUUAGGUGAGUCUAAGAUGUACGAACCUGCAGGAGUGAAUCAACUGGUCAAACACUGA